CUUCCCUUUCCCCACACGAUCCUAAUCUGUCCUCCUCGGACGCCUCGCUCGAGCGUACGCCGCCAUGGCGCAAACCUCGGCGACGAGGGCUCGCGAGAGCAGUAGCGACGAGCGCGACUCUGCUACGCCUGGCACUCCGCCGCCUCCUAGCGUCGCCCCUCUGUCAACGGCCACUCAGACGACAGCAACGCCCGCUCAGCCGCCCGCUGCUGGCGUCUCUGCCUCCAUGCGCACGGCAGACGCUGUAGCAUCAUCAUCCUCUGUCACUCUCGACGCAGCUCCACCCGCUGCGGCCGAGGAUCCCAUGGCCUCCCUCGGCCUGCCAUCCCCAGAAGCUUUCGACGCCUGGCUGCCCAAGUGCGAGUUUGAGUCACAAGAAGCGGCCGAGCUUGCUCUCAAAACAUUUGCCCUCACUCACGGCUUCUCCAUCGCCACGCAAGUCUCCUGGCCGAAUCGCCGCUACCCAUCCAAAUGGAAGCGCUGCACCAAAGGUGGGGCCCCGCGAAAUCGCGUCCCCGUCGACGACCGAGUACGCAACCGCAAAUCGCGCAGGACUGAGUGUCCCUUUGUGGCCGAGAUCCACCAGACGAAGAAGAGGACGUGGACUCUCCACAUCCAGAACGCUCAUCAUAAUCAUGCACGCGACAUGGCGGGGAGCGGGUUGGCUAUUCAUUCUUCUCAGCGCGGCUUCACAGCAGAAGAGAAGGCGCACAUUGCAAUGGAGGUGCGCAAGGCUGUUGCAGAGGGUAAUAUCCCGCCAAGCAAGCCUCUCUUUGAUUGGGUUCACGAGAACAAUCCUAACUCGAGAACUACCAUGCGGGACGUGCUGAACGCGAUUCAGAAGGUCAAGGACGCCCUCGUCAAGGAGGAUCCGGAGAAGUGGACCGACUUCUUCGACAAGCAGCGCGAUCGCAAGUGUGGGUAUUGCGAUCAAAAGGGCCACACUAAGCUCAACUGUGAGAAGCGUCUGCAGGACAGGGCCAAUGGAGUGGAAGAGGGGCCCGAGAUCGGCAAGAGGAGACAGAAGGCUGCGCAGCGUGCCAAAGAGAAGGAGGCGGCGAGGAGGAAGAGGCAGCAGGAGGAAGAGGAGGCCAGGAUGGCGGCGGCGGCAGCUCGGACAACGGCACAGGCGCAGCAGCAGGACCGUAGUGAGCAUCAGCCGCCUCAGCAGCAAUCUCAAUCAAGCACUCAGGCUCCUCGCGCACCCCGUCCAACCUCUCCUCCCCGUGCUUCUGCUUCUCAUCAGCAGCCAACCCACUAUCAACAGCCCUGGCCAGGUCAUCACACUGCAUUCGACCCUCAGUUGGCCAACUCGUCGUCCUUGUCAGGGGAGGGCAGCCUAUCUGCCGCCUGGAGACACAAUGCGCAUCCACAUCACCACGGCCACCAGAAUGGGAGCGGCCACGAGCGCAUCUACGCCGGGCAGAACAAUGGUGCGGGCCUGACGGGCUUUGGAGGUACUGCGAUGCCGAUGGGCGGGGCAUGGCCUCAAGCUGCACCGCCUAGCUAUCUGUCGUCGUCUGCUGUUCAGAGAGGGUACGGCAGGGAGGGAUGACGGUGCGCGUUUCGAGCCGCUAUCAUCGUUGGUAAAGAAGCAAAGGCAGCACGAAGAUGCGCACGAGUGAACUACAUCGAUGUGACCUCACUUUCUCCCCGAGAUUCCUGAAGCAUCCAUUCUAGCACAUCUUUACCUCCAUUCUAGCACAUCUUUACCUCCAUUCUAGCACAUCUUUACCUAUCUCGUCCAUCAUCAUCAUAUACCUUAUCUUUGUUGGAAUGGCCCCCUCUAUCUGCAAUCCAUUACCAUCGCGAUCUGACUGACCACUGACAACCGGCAUGCUUCAGUCUGUCG